CGCACACGAAUAUCACCGACUUUGACAGCAAGCAAGGCGUUGCCAAACAAAAAUUAGUUUUUAACGUUUUUGUUUGUGCAUGUGUCAUGUCAUUGCAAUGGUUUUGUUAAAUAUUUUAUUAAUUUUAUGUGUUUGGACUCGUUUUUCCUAUACAGCGUAUUAUGACGAGUACGAGUGUAACACUGCACUUUUAUCACGUUCAGCAUUGAGCGCAACAUCAUACAUGAGUGAGCGGGGGCCGCAAAAUGCUGUGCUCUAUGGUGGGAACGCUUGGAGUGCCCAAGAGAAUGAUUUUGACCAGCAUUUGAUCAUCGAUCUGGGCGAGGUAAUGAAUGUCACUAGGAUCUGGACCCAGGGCAGACCCCACAGUAACGAAUAUGUUAUGGAGUAUCGAAUUAGUUACGGCACCAACGGUCUGGAUUACGAAUUUUACAGGGACACAACCGGCGAUAUCAGGAUGUUCCGGGGUAAUCUGGACGGCGACACCGUCCACAAGAACGAAUUCGAAGUGCCCAUCGUCGCCCAGUGGAUACGCAUUAAUCCCACCAGGUGGCGCGACCGCAUAUCCAUGAGGCUUGAACUGUUCGGCUGCGAAUACGUGGCUGACGACAUGUACUUCAACGGUACGUCUCUACUAAAAGUAGACCUGCUCAGGGAUCCGAUUGCCGCCUUGCGGGAGAGUAUCCGAUUUAGGUUCAAAACGUCUUGGCCCAACGGCGUGCUGCUAUACAGCAGAGGCAGUCAAGGCGACUACAUCGCCUUGCAGCUUAGAGAGAAUAGAAUGUUGCUUAACAUCGAUUUGGGUUCGAACAUGGUGACGAGCUUAAGCGUGGGCAGCUUGCUGGACGACAAUAUCUGGCACGACGUAGUCAUAUCCCGAAACAAACGGGACAUCCUGUUCUCUGUCGACAGGGUCGUCGUGCAGGAAAAAAUUAAGGGAGAAUUCAACCGGCUCAACCUAAACCGAGAGAUUUAUAUCGGCGGCGUGCCGAACGUCCAGGACGGCAUAAACGUCGUCCAAAACUAUACGGGGUGCAUAGAAAACUUGUAUCUGAAUUCGAGCAACGUGCUGCGUGAAGUGAAGGAGGCGUACGAGUACGGCGACAGUUAUAGGUAUCAGAAGGUCAACACGCUGUGGAGUUGCCCCGAACCCCCCAUUGUACCUGUUACAUUUACGACGCCUCAAUCUCACGCGAAAUUGAAAGGUUAUGAGGGUAUGGCGUAUAUGAACGCUUCGUUCGCAUUUAGGACAUACGAGAGAGCGGGCCUAAUGAUGUACCACGCGUUUAGUUCCUCCGGAUAUGUAGCCUUAUACCUCGAAGACGGCAAGCUCAAAGUCGAGCUGACCGCCCAAGACAAGCCAAAAAUCGUGCUCGAUAACUUCGACGAGAGAUUCAACGACGGGCGCUGGCACGUGGUCGUCCUCGCUAUCAAAACGAACGAGAUCGUCCUCAGUGUGGACUACAGGCCGAUGACCACCACCCGCAUAAUGAAAAUCGUCACUGGCAGUCUCUAUUAUUUCGCCGGGGGCGUAUCCGUCGUUCUCGGUUAUUCGAACACCAUUUUCCCGGGUUUCAUCGGCUGCAUGAAAACGAUCCGCAUCGACGGCAACAGCAAAUUGCCCACCGACUGGAGCAAAGACGAGUACUGCUGCACCGACGAGGUCAUAUUCGACGCUUGUCGAAUGACCGAUAGGUGUUACCCGAAUCCGUGCCAGCACAACGGCGUCUGCAGCCAGAACGCCGCCGAAUUCAUGUGCGAUUGUCGAGGUACGGGCUACGGUGGCGCCGUCUGUCACUCGUCGAUCAACUCGCUGUCGUGCGAGGCGUACCGUAACGUCCAGCACGUCGGUCAAAAGGCCAGGAUCAUGAUCGACGUGGACGGUAGCGGGCCCCUGGCCCCGUUUCAAGUCACGUGCCAGUUCUAUCCGGACGGCAGGGUAACCACCGCCGUCCACCACGGCAACGUGGCCACCACUCCGGUGGACGGGUUCCAGGAACCGGGCAGUUUCGUCCAGGACAUCCAGUACGAGGCCAGCGACGACCAAAUGGCCGCCCUUAUUAAUAGAUCUUCCACGUGCCUUCAGCACAUCCAGUACGCGUGCAAAGAGGCUCGGCUGUUCAACUCGCCAUCCGAGGAGUUCCACUUCCAGCCCUAUUCAUGGUGGGUCUCUAGCAAGAACCAAAAGAUGGACUACUGGGGCGGGGCGUUGCCCGGUUCGCGCAAAUGCGAGUGCGGCAUCAUGGGAACGUGCGUCGACCCGACCAAGUGGUGCAACUGCGACUCUGGGGAUCGCGCGUGGCAGGUGGACGCCGGGGACUUGACCGAAAAAAACGACCUGCCCGUGAAGCAGUUGCGUUUCGGCGACACCGGCAACGCGCUCGACGAGAGGGAGGGUCGGUACACGCUGGGCCCGUUGAUAUGCGAAGGUGACGACCUUUUCGACAACGUGGUCACGUUCCGUAUAUCGGACGCCACCAUCGACUUGCCUAACUUCGACAUGGGUCACAGCGGCGACAUCUAUUUCGAGUUUAGGACGGCGAGCGAAAACGCGGUCCUGUUCCAUGCCAAAGGGCCGACGGACUACAUUAAGCUGACCAUAGUCAAUGGGAACCAGCUGCAGUUCCAGUAUCAGGCCGGCUCGGGACCUAUAGCGGUUAUCCGGGAGACGUCGUACAAACUAGCAGAUGACAGAUGGCAUUCCGUCUCGGUGGAGAGGAACCGCAAGGAGGCGAUGAUCGUUAUAGAUGGCGCUCUCAAGGCGGAAGUGAGGGAACCGCCCGGCCCGGUCAGGGCUAUCCAUCUGACGUCCGACUUGGUCAUCGGGGCGUCGACAGAUUACAGAGACGGAUUCACGGGCUGCGUCCGCGCGCUGCUGAUAAACGGACAGCACGUGGACUUGCGCAGCUUCGCCCGCCGGGGACUGUACGGCGUCUCCGAGGGCUGCGUCGGCAAGUGCCAGAGUAACCCCUGCCUUAACAACGGCACUUGUUUCGAGAGAUACGACUCGUACUGGUGCGACUGCAGGUGGACCGCUUUCAAGGGUCCUAUCUGCGCUGACGAAAUAGGCGUCAACAUGAAACCGAGCUCGCUCGUAAAGUACGUCUUUGACGGCUCGUGGAGAUCGACUAUAAUGGAACAUAUUCGGGUCGGUUUCACUACCACCAACCCCAAAGGCUUUCUUAUAGGCCUGUUCUCGAACAUCUCCGGCGAGUACAUGACUAUCAUGGUAUCCAACUCGGGUCACCUGAGGAUCGUCUUCGACUUCGGAUUCGAACGGCAGGAGGUCAUUUAUCCCGAAAAGCAUUUCGGACUCGGGCAGUACCAUGACGUCCUGAUUUCGAGAAAAAACGGCGGCUCCACCCUCGUCAUAAAGGCGGACAGUUACAAACCGAAAGAGUUUAAUUUCAACAUAAAGGCGUCCGCGGACGCGCAGUUUAACAACAUCCAGUACAUGUACAUAGGCAAAAACGAAUCGAUGUCCGAGGGAUUCGUGGGCUGCGUUUCCCGGGUCGAAUUCGACGACAUCUACCCGCUGAAGCUGCUCUUCCAGCAACAGGGACCGGGCAACGUCAAAGUUAUUGGAACCCCACUGAACGAAGAUUUCUGCGGCGUCGAGCCGGUGACUCAUCCGCCCGACGUGAUCGAAACGCGACCGCCGCCUAUCGUCGACGAGGACAAACUGAAACGGGCUUACAACCAAACCGACUCGGCCAUUUUGGGAAGUGUGCUCGCGAUAGUGUUCAUAGCCCUGGUUGUGCUGUUGAUAAUGAUCGGUCGGUAUUUGCAUAGACAUAAAGGGGAGUACCUGACCCAGGAAGAUGCGGGAGCGGAUUCGGCCCUCGACCCCGACGACGCGGUCGUCCAUGGUACGACGGGCCACCAUGUUCAAAAGAAGAAGGAGUGGUUCAUUUAGCUGUAUGUUUUCCAGAGCGUGACGAUACAAGCUCAGCAGGUUUUUUUUUGCGUUGUGUUCGUUAAUUUCUCCGUCCAGUUUGGUAACUUAAAUUAUUUUUUACUCGCUUUUCUUUACGUUGUACAUACUUUCAGUGAGAAUGUUAGCGGUUUUUAUUUUUUUUAUAUUUUUUUAUACCUUUUAUAUACAUGAAUGUAUAUUGAGAAGUGCCUUUGGCAUUUAGUUUCCUCAUAGUCUUUUCCAAUCCGAUGCACUGACUAGGAUAUUAUUCAAUUCGAGAAUGUAUUGUAGAAUUUUUGUAUUAAAUAAAUUUAACAAUAUUCUUAAGUCAA